CUCUCUGCCCUGCUACAUAAAAACAGUCUGAGCCGCUGAAAACCAGAUGAGCUUCUUUUCAGCUCAGGUAGUUAGUGAAGGACCACAGAUUGCCUUGGAACGUAUUCUAGUGUGUUAACAUGGCUUGUAUAAAAACUCUGCUGUCUGUGGGAGCAUGUAUGACUGCUUGGAGCAUGACCACAGGUGACACUUCUGUUCCCAAAGCACAGAAUGUUCAUUGGACAUCUCUAGAUUUUCAAACUAUUCUCAAAUGGACUGUUGAAGAGUCUGAGCAUACAUAUACCGUCAUGUACUCUGAAAAAGAUCACAACUGGAUGGAUGUUGAUAACUGCUUCAGCAUGUCGGAGACUGAAUGUGAUUUGACUCAACAGCUUGAAGCAUCGAACAAGAACUAUGAAGCUGAUAUUAGAUCAGACUCUGACCACCUUGCUGAUGAGUUUGGCUUGGACUAUGACUUUCCUCACACCUAUGCCCCAGUGUUUAACCCCUACAAAGAGAGCAAUAUCAGCGCUUUGGAAUUUUCCAUCACGGAUGUUGAUGAGGGCACCGUCAUCCUCAACAUCACACAUCCACUGACCUCCAUCACUGUGGGAGGGAAGCAGCAAACUAUCAAGGACAUUCUGAAAAAUGAUCUGAAGUAUAAGAUCAUCUACUACAAGUCUGGAAGCACAGGAAAGAAAGAUAAGAUUGCUGACUCCAGCUCAGCAGAAGUUUCAGGACUGGAUGCUGGACAGAGCUACUGCUUCAUGGUGGCAGCUUUCAUUCCCUCCAGACCUAAAGCCACCCAACUUGGAGCCUGGAGCACACAGCAGUGUAGACGAGGAGACACACACUUCACACAAGAUUUAAGCCUUGGAGCUUGGGUUGGCAUCAUCUUCAUCCUAAUCACAGUCAUCAUUGUCUUCAUCACAACAACUAUCCUCUGCUGCAGAAGAAAUCACAAAAGGCACAAAAACAUCCAAACAGCUGAGUCAUCAGCUCCUAUCUGAGGUGCACAGUAUUUUCUGUCUGUCCUUUUUUUUUUUUUUUACAUUUAUCUGAACACAUUUCAUGCUUUCUGAUAGGAGGAUGAAUAGAGGUACAUGAUGAAGAAAAUAAGGUUUUCAGUCACCAACUUCAGAUUGAUCCUCCUGCCUUAUUGUUUAUCAAUAAUAAAGUUAAAACAAAUGAAUGAACAUUCAAUUCAGAGAGUCAGAACAUUGGAUUCCCAUUAACAGAAAGUUGCCGGUAUUACAGCCAAGGAUAUGUUAAGUACUUCAGCAGUGCUGUAUAGUAUUUAGGUCGGUUUUCUGUAAAGCAACAAUGAUAAAUCAGAUAAAAGUCCUUGAAAGUAGUUUUCUUUUAGUGUACCAACAAUAUAAAGAAAAAAGUUGAUCUUGUUUAUGUGGAAUGCUCUAAUAUUUUUUACUUAAAUAGUUUAUAAAUUCUGUUAUGUUUUUUAUACAUUAUGUUCCAAUAAAAAAAACAAAAAAUUAUUUCCUCCUUCCUUUGCAUUGGACAGACUGAAAUGACACUGUGUCGUAUAGAGUCACUCCAAAUCUGAAUGCUGACGAGGCAGGUGGUUGAUUAUUAACCGUCUUUAGCUGGAUGAGAAAGCCAAGAGGCAGAUUGAGGAAAGAUGCAUAAUCAACCUGAGAUGAACAGAGACUCAAGGAAACAACAAAUCGGCUGGAAAACAGCAACACUGAUCUAGGAGAACAAAAUACAAAUGCACAAAGAACACAAAGAAUAAAUAAAAAAACUAAAUACUAAGAAAUAGCCUAUGGCAAGACUUUUUCAACAAUAGCGGUGGUUUCUGAUAUGGGCAACUGCCCAGGGUGGCAUCUUGUGGGGGAAGCAUGAGCGCCUCCACCCCGCCUCCAUCCUCCAAAACUCCGAGCCCCCUGCUCUUACAACAGAGGAUCUGAAUGCAAAUAGUAAUAGUAAUAUUUUGUGUUUGUUCAUUGUGUUGUUUUUAUUAUGUAAAUCACAUCAAAAUUCUUAUCGCUAAAAUGUGCUAUACAAAUAAACUUGACUUGAAUAUAACAAGACUUCAGCUGUUAUAAAUAAACAAGGAAGAUGGAUCAAGUUCUUUAAGAUAAUAUUUGACAUGAACUGGUUCUAAAAUACUAACUACGUUGAAUUCAUGGAUUAAUAGUGAUGAAUUCAGUGUUAACACCACAAAUAAAAUGAGGAUCAAAUAUGUCUGUCAAACUGAUGGUUUCACUAACAAUUGUUAUGGUAACCAGUGCAGUUGUAACUGAAGGCAGGACCUGGUAAGUGGACAGCAAGCCAAGCUUGAAUCAGAUUGAUUUAUCAGCCAUUGUGUGUUGCAACUCCAAGGUCUUAUAAAGACAGACCAUGCAUUCUAUUUCACUUUCAAAUAUGCAAAAUAUCUUUAAGGUUUAAUGUUUCUCCAUGACCUCAUCUGUCAUUUCGUGCUCCUUAUAUUAAGACGAUGUCUCAUGUACAAUUCAACUGGCUCUCUAAAGAAAUAAUCAGACUAGCUGUUGGACGGACAGUUUUAUUCCUUGAAUACUUCACAAAAUGUACCAUUUACACAAGAACAGUUUUUUUCUAUCUGACAGACAAACACAUUAUUAUAGCAGGAAAUUGUUCCUCCAACAGGUUCAAACACAAUUUCGCUGACUGUCAUGUGACUUAACAUGGCUUUUAACAAACAAAAAGAUCAAUGAAUAAAUAGAGACAGCACUAAAUGAGGACACAGAUAAAGUGUCAACAACUCAUCUGUGUGGGUAACAUCUUCUGGUUAAAAUUGCAUUUGCAAUCUAUAGCAUACAUAACAAUAAAAAAAGAUGGUUUUAGACAUUUCCUAAAAUGUAACAAAAACCAUGCAUAGAUAGAAAAUUUUAAUUUCAUAACAAAACUAUUUGUUCUGUUUAUUUAUUGGAACUCCCUGUCAGAUAAUGUAACUUGAAGCAGUUUAAGUCAGGUAUAUUGUCAGGAUUCUAACUGCAUCAGUUACUUUCACAAUACAACUGGGUUAUGCAAAAAUUGAUCUGCAAAUUCAUGAACACAUUAACAAGAAAUAGUUCAUUAAAGGAAGAUAAAGUAUAAAAUCUUUUAUAACAUGAAAAGAAGCUUCCACCUCAUUGCAGCUCCUACAGUAGAGUUGAUGUAUUUGUGAGUCAUUGGUAAUAGCAUUAAACAUUUAGUUCCUAUUGCACUCAAUCAAUUCUGGACCCCAGUGGCUACAUCAGGCAGUGCAUCAGCCUUCUUCUGUCCUUUCCAAGAAGCUCUUACGUUUUUCACACCAACAAAAAACAUGAUUUUUAUGUUUAAAUAUCAUGUCCCGUAAUAAAAAAUAUUUUAAUAUUUCUUGCUUAUAUAUGUAAAAUUUGGUUAAAAACAGAAGUUAAAGCUGUCUUUUGUAGUAUGACCAAUAAUUUGAGAUUCAUGUAGCAGCUUCAGUGUGCUUGAAUGAGAUAUUGCAUGUUUACUCUGCAAUACACAGAUGUUCUAAACUGGUAUUAGUCUGGCCAACAUCGUGUACAUGAUGCAUAUAUACUGUACAUAACAGAGUAAAUAUGUUUUGCUUAAAAAUAUCUCAUGCACAAUAAAAGAGGAAUCAUCUGG